AUGCCUCAAAACGAGUAUAUCGAACAGCAUAUCAAGCAACACGGAAGACGGUUGGAUCAUGAAGAAAGAAAGAGAAAGAGAGAGGCCAGAGAGAGCCACAAGAUCGCCAAGGAUGCUCAAACCUUAAAGGGAUGGAAGGGUAAGCAAUUUGCAAAGAAACGGUACAGUGAAAAGGUUGCCAUGAAGAAGAAGAUCAAAGCACAUCAAGAGUCGAAGGUCAACGGACCUGCUACCCCUAAAGAAGAUGAUGGAGAAGCGUUACCAACAUAUUUAUUGGAUCGUCAAAACAACAAUACUGCUAAAGCUAUAUCACUGUCUAUUAAGCAGAAACGAUUAGAAAAGGCCGAUAAGUUCUCUGUUCCCUUGCCCAAGGUCAGAGGUAUUUCUGAAGAAGAGAUGUUCAAGGUUAUCAAGACCGGGAAAUCCAAAUCCAAGAGUUGGAAACGGAUGAUCACCAAACAUACGUUUGUUGGAGAAGGUUUCACCCGUAGACCAGUGAAGAUGGAACGAAUUAUUCGUCCAGCAGCUUUAAGACAGAAGAAGGCCAAUGUGACUCAUCCUGAGUUGGGAGUCACUGUUUUCUUACCUAUUCUAGGAGUUAAAAAGAAUCCUCAGUCGCCUAUGUAUACCCAAUUGGGAGUUUUAACAAAGGGAACUAUUAUUGAAGUCAAUGUUUCCGAAUUAGGGUUGGUCACUGCUGGUGGUAAGGUCGUUUGGGGUAAAUAUGCUCAAAUUACAAAUGAACCUGAUAGAGAUGGAUGUGUUAAUGCUGUUUUAUUAGUUUAG